GGGGUGGAGGAGGGCUGAGGCGGGCGGCAGGUGCCCGGGAGGCCGCCGCGGCCGGCAGCAUGGAGGAGAGCAUGGAGGAGGAGGAGAUGCUCACCUACGAGGCGAUGAUGGACGACCAGAACCACAACAACUGGGAGGCCGCGGCAGACAGCUUCCGGCAGCCGCCGCCCUCGAGCCUCGCGGACCCUGGCCGAGAAGCCCCGGGGGGCCAGCUGCUGGCCGCGCCCGCGGGCUCGGUGGACAGGAAGGGCCCCAAGGAGGGGCUCGCGAUGGCGCCUCCGCCCCUGCCGGAGCCCAACGGGGUGAUCAUGAUGUUGAAGAGCUGCGACGCGGCCGCCGCGGUGACCAAGGCGGCCCCCGCCCCCACCCCCAGCUCCACCAUCAACAUCAACACCUCCACCUCCAAGUUCCUAAUGAAUGUUAUAACAAUUGAAGAUUAUAAGAGCACAUACUGGCCAAAAUUAGAUGGUGCCAUAGAUCAACUUUUAACCCAGAGUCCUGGUGACUAUAUACCUAUAUCCUAUGAACAGAUUUACAGUUGUGUAUAUAAGUGUGUAUGCCAGCAGCACUCGGAACAGAUGUACAGUGAUCUGAUUAAAAAGAUAACCAGUCACUUAGAGCGAGUCUCCAAGGAGCUGCAGGCCAGCCCUCCAGACCUCUAUAUCGAAAGAUUUAAUAUAGCUCUGGGACAGUAUAUGGGAGCAUUGCAGAGCAUCGUGCCUCUUUUCAUAUAUAUGAAUAAGUUUUACAUAGAAACAAAGCUUAACAGAGACUUAAAAGACGAUCUUAUAAAGCUGUUUACGGAACAUGUUGCAGACAAGCACAUUUACAACCUAAUGCCUUUACUUUUAGAAGCCCAGUCAACACCAUUUCAGGUCACACCUUCAACUAUGGCAAAUAUUGUGAAAGGCCUGUACACUCUCAGACCAGAAUGGGUUCAGAUGGCUCCGACUUUGUUUUCUAAGUUUAUUCCAAACAUUCUGCCUCCAGCUGUGGAAUCUGAACUUUCUGAAUAUGCCGCUCAAGAUCAGAAACUUCAGAGAGAACUUAUACAGAAUGGUUUCACCAGAGGUGACCAGUCCCGGAAGAGAGCUGGGGAUGAGUUGGCUUAUAACAGUCCGUCCGCUUGUGCAAGUUCCAGGGGAUAUAGAUAGUGACUGUUGAAGGACUUUUCUCCCGGAGAGAAGACACACUGGAGCUGCAGAAACUGUUCUGGGCACUGCUGGGCCUGCACCACUCAGGAGCUCUGUCAAAAGGCCGUUCAGUUUUCAAAAACAAGAACUACAAAAACAAUUGCUGCUAGAUUGGGGGUGAUUUUGAAAUAGGACAAUCUUUUAAUGAGUUUUAUCUACAGAGCGAGUGUCUUGGAGAGUGGCCAUUACUAAGUGAAGCCCAACAUGCAAAUCAGCUUCCUCCAAAAAAAAAAAUACAACAGUGAAAGAAUCUUAAUUUUUAAACACUCAUCGUUCAUUUGUGGACUUGGCACAUGGUGUCUUUGUCUCAUGUCAAAAUAUCUUUGCUUUAGAACCAAGCAGAUGUGACAAUACAGUAUUUUCAUCCAUGUCCCAAAUAAUCUGUUUUAAAUUCAGAAUUGGUCUAUGUUUAGCAUUAGUCUUACGAGGAAAAAUGCUAAUAACUGCUUUCACUACAACUUUUCCAAUCAGUUCACGUUUUUAACUCUGUGCCUUGAGCUUUGUGCACUUUGCAACUGUGGGACCUUGUCAUCAAACUCACAAUGCUUCCCGGAGAAGUUGAUAUCCCCAAUGGGUCCACCAAGGCCUCUGGUGUGGCUUUGUAGCAGGACAAGGGUCAGAAUUCACCCUCCUGUCCCAGUUCUCAUGGGGACCAACUCUUACUGAGUGGUUUUUUUUCUGCUAUUGCCUCACCUGAUCUUACCAGCCUCUGUAGUCUGGGUGGAGUCCUGGUUCAGGACUGUGAUACUGUAGAGAUUGUCCAGCAGUGGGAGCUGCUCUCUGGAUCCCUCUAGGGAGAAAUAGUUAUUAAAGCCAAAUAUUGUGAGUAGUUCUUGGCCCAUCACAUUUUAAUGGGUGCAUUUAGAAUUUACAAAAGAUCAACUGUGCCAUGCAUCUUGUAAACGUCAUGGUUGAUAUUUGAGUACAGCGGGGGAUAGUUGCACUGGUGUCUGAAGGCUUCCUUCAGCUGCGACAAAUCUGUAUUUUCUGUUUCACUACACCAACAGUGCUCUUUAGAUCUUCACAAACAUCUGACGCUUACUCUAGCUGUUUUUCAGUGGUAAACAAGAAUUGACAUGGUGAGGGAAAAAUACUUUUCUUCUCAAUUUUGCUUGAAUGUGAGGUGUGCUGCCAGGCUUUAGCCAGCAGUGACUCUGACCCUCUAUAGAGAAUUGCCCCUCCCCCCCCAUCCUGCCCCCCAUGCUACUACUGCGAACUCAGUGGGCAGAAGAGUAAGAAAGGGGCAGGGGGGCAAGAAGGUUGCCUAACAGCAGUCCCAGAUUUGUGAGUGAUGGCCUCUGCAGCUGGUAGAAUUUGUGGGGUCUUUAAUUGGUUUCAUUUUACUUGGGUUAUAUUGAACCAUGAGUGAGGACAGGCAGGCUCUAAUUAUGGCCCAUACAGUUUUGUUUUUUUUUUUUUCUCUAAUGUCAAGGGAAAUUUUCAUUUUAUCAAGAAGCCCAAAGUUUGCUUUUCCGUUGGAAUGUUUGUUACAAGGUUGUAAAUACCAUUUGGAACUGGUUUCUUCUACAUGCCUUUAAUAUUUUUGACAGUAGUAAAGUUGGAACAUUUCUUGAGACAUAGGUAAGUGGCCCAGUGUCUAAUUUUUACCCUCCCUCCCCUGAAGGAGAGCAUUCUUUUUAUCCAACAGAACUUUCCCUAUAAAAGCGUUAUAGUACAUAAAUUGGCAUUAAAGUGGGUGCUUUUGCAUUAUUAAGUUAAUGGAGAAAUAGACGUACUCAUUCUAUGUUAGCACACAAUAGGCAGAGGAAAGCCUGUGGGAUUCUCUAAGUCAAAGUCUGGGAAAAGUAUGUGUGUGAUCCCUGAAGUUUGUAAAACUUACUGAAGGUGAAAUUGGGCCUUGCUUACUCAUUCAUUGAAGUCUUGACAGAAUUCUUAGUCCUCAACUGUGAGGAAAUAAAAUCUGCUCGCUCCCACUUAGUAUUUGUAGAAAAAUAUUUUCUUUUCAUAUAUGCUUGUGUUCUUGCCAGUGCAGUGUGCAGUUUUUCUACCCCUGCUGAAGACUGCUUUCUAAGUCAGAUCCUCAAAGGCCAGAUGGUGUAGAUUGGCUAGCCAGUGUGGCAAGUGUGUAGGUUUGCCUACAAGUAGGCCUUUAAAGAAAGUUGUGGAAAUGUCUUUUUUCUGGUCUCAGUUACAAUUCACUUACUCUCCCUUUUGCUAGGAUGAAGUUGGUUUGUGUGUAGGUGAGAGUGCUGAGGAAUGCCUGCCCUUGGUCAUGGUCAUGGCACUGCUUAUAUGUCUCCAGUGCUCAGACCAGUGUAGCUGCUGGCCCGCCCCAUCCCCUACCCGUUUGCUUUCUGUCAGGUUGCAAAUUUGCACACAUGAAUGAUUCCUCAGGAACAGUUUGCACACUCCUCACUUCAAUGUAUUCUGUAUAGACCAAACAGCAUCAAAGGUUAUAGCACAAGAGGCUUCAUAUACCUGCUAGCACAGGCCAUGGUGAGCUUGCAAAUGAUACUGUUUAUGCAGGUAAUGGGAAGAGGGGCACAGAGUGUUUAAGUGACCUCCUGAUUCUUCCUGUAAAUAACCUAGACUGUGCUGUCUUAUUGAGGCUGUGUUUGUUUGUUUUGUUUUCCUCUCUCUCACAACAGUUAAUUAUUUCCAUGGUUAAUAUGCAAGAGGAAUUGCCCUUGAGCUAAGAUUCAAUUGUUUAUUAAGCAGCCAACAUUAAACUAAGCAUUAUUCUUUGAAUAUAUGUUCAUAGAAUAUACUAAUUUGGCAUAAUAAACAACUAAAAAGCAAAACAAACCCUGCGUUAGCUAUCCAGCUGUUAGUGUUUAGAUGUUUGUUUUUGUGGUGUAUCCCUUGAGCUUUUGGCUUGGAAUAUUUGCUUUUAUCCAAGUGUAGGUCUCUUAAGGGGACAUUAAAAUUGGAAUGUGACACCAUUAACUGACACCCGGCACAAGUCUAGAGUACCUUUUCUGUUGUGAUUACUGCUUUCAGUAUGACCAUGCAAAAUAACGUUCAUUUUUACCGGGAGGCGCCAGGGUUCAUAGAGAAAUGGCGCCUGAGCUUUAACUACCAUGUAGAAAUUUGCCUUGGUUUCUGACCCCAUAACAUUUGGAAGGAGGUACCUGAUCUUUCCCAAAGGAAAUGCCUCUUCCCUGGUCCCCCUGCUGCUCACCUACAGUCACUGCCUCCUCCUUCCUGCACUAGCUGAGACCUUAACUUGAACCAGGGCUGGUGGCAGGAAUGGGGGAUGGGGGGGCGGUGUCUGCCACUUAUCUUCAUCUGGAUUCGUUGUUAGGAGAGUGCUGAUGGAUCACACCUCUGGGAAUUUCAGCAGCAUGGCUCUGGGGUAGAGAGUGCAGUGGUUUGGAAAAAAUAUCGUGUAUUGGGUGUUCUGUGUCAUUUAAAUACUGUCACUAUACUAAAUUGCAGUAAGACUGGAUGUUCUCCUGGGUGUGUUUGGUUGGAUGGUUGACAGUAUCCUUGGCUCUUUUAGUCUUAUUUGUCAAUGUUACAGCUGUGCAGUUGUGGAGAAAUUUAUGUCAAGUCCUGAGAAACUGUGGCUCAAACAAAUGCUUAUACAAAAUUUGGAGAUCACGUGCAGGCAAAAAGCUUUGCCACCCACCAGCAUAGCAGAGUGAAUGAAGCAUUGCUGUCUAGUCUCCCUACCCUUUAUCACGAGGCAUGGCAAAUCUGGUACUAUCCUUUGCCACUCAUUCAUUCACAGAACAUGACUAAAGCGCUUCCUGAGCUGGGGCACAAAGCUGCUGGCCUGGGCUCUCUCCUUAUAAACAUUUGGUGGAUUUUGAAUCACUCCUCUGUAUUAGGUGUAUAUUCUCACUAAAACAUUGUGGUUAAUGAAAAAUAAACCUUGUAUAAAUGUCCUUAAA